GAGAGAGAGAGAGAGAGAGAGGCUGAAGGCAUGUAGCAGCCCGAAACCGUGUUUUUGAAUCCGAAGGAACAAUUUCAACGAUGGCUACAUACAGUUUGUAGAGACAAAACCGCCGGCGUUAAUCGUUAUCCUCCUCCGUGAACUCGCCAUAGACAAGAAAGCCUGAAGAAAGUACAAGUGAGAUCCAUUAGAAAAAAAAGAAAAAAAGAAAAUCCAAAGUACCAUACUCACUGUUUUAAGAAGAUGUCUUUUCGUGGCCUGGCCCGUGACUUGAGGGACAGUAUCGGAAGCCUUUCAAGAAGGAGCUUUGACUUUAGGCUUCGUGGGAAGUCUCAUGUGGCUGUUUAUGAGUUGCACGAUCAUCAGCCCGAAGUCGUUCAGAGCAGUUGUUGGGCUGGGCUUCCGCUUGAGCUUCUUCGUGAUGUGAUCCAAAGGCUGGAAGAGAAUGAGAGCACUUGGCCCGCACGAAAGCACGUUGUUGCUUGUGCUGCAGUUUGCCGUUCGUGGAGAGAUAUGUGCAAGGAACUCGUUAGGUGUCCAGAGUUUUCAGGAAAAUUAACCUUCCCAAUAUCUCUCAAGCAGCCUGGAUAUCGAGAUGGGACUAUUCAGUGCUUCAUUAAGAGGAACAAGUCUAACUCGACCUACCAUCUGUUUCUUUGCCUUAGCCCUGUGUGUGGCGUUUUUCUCGCAGCUUUACUUAUGGAGAACGGUAAAUUUCUUCUCUCUGCCAAACGGAUUCGCAAGACCACUUGUACAGAAUAUGUGAUUUCAAUGGAUGCUGAUAACAUAUCACGGUCUAGUAGCAGUUACCUCGGAAAAGUGAGGUCGAAUUUCCUCGGAACAAAGUUCAUAAUCUACGACACGAACCCUCCGCCACCUAGCGCCGCCAGCUCAGCUCCGGGCCGCACGAGCCGCCGUUUCAACUCAAAGAGGGUCUCUCCGAAGCUUCCAGUUGGGAACUACGGCAUCGCCCAAGUGGCUUACGAGCUCAACGUGCUCGGCACGCGGGGCCCACGGCGCAUGCACUGUGUGAUGCGCUCGAUCCCAGCCUCAGCAGUCGAGCCCGGCGGGUCGGUUCCGGCCCGGCCCGAAAACCUCCUAAUGGGCCCACUGGACUCAGACUCCUCCUUCAGAAGCGUCUCCUUCAACAAGUCGGAGUUUGGAAGCGCUCGCUUUUCUGACAUGUCGGGCCCGCUCAAUGAUGAUGAGAACAAAAGUAAUUGUGGAGAGAGGCCUUUAGUGUUGAAGAACAAGCCGCCUAGGUGGCACGAGCAGCUGCAGUGCUGGUGCUUGAAUUUCCGGGGGAGAGUGACGGUGGCUUCCGUCAAGAAUUUCCAGCUCAUCGCCGCUGGUCCACCUGCACCAGCGCCGCCGCCACAGCAGCAGAACGGGCCCUCCUCUUCGUCGUCUUCUUCGGACCAUGAUAAGAUUAUACUGCAGUUCGGGAAGGUGGGUAAGGAUAUGUUCACGAUGGACUAUCGAUACCCGUUGUCUGCGUUUCAGGCUUUCGCUAUAUGUUUGAGCAGCUUUGAUACAAAACUGGCAUGUGAAUAGUAUGUAGAAGAAGCUGUGCUGUGGUGGUUUGGAGAUUUUAGAGUGUUUGUAUGGAAUACAGUGUGUAAUUUCACUGUUUGUGAUAUCUUUUUUUNCCCCUUCUUCCUUCUCAUUUUCUGUUAGUUAUUUGAUUUGUAACUGGCUGACUAAGAUGGUUCUGUUGUAGUUUGUUGUGAUACAAACAUUUUUCUUCUUAUUUUGGGAGUUGUGACAACAUGUUGAAAACCAUCUUUUAUGAGGUUCUCUCUUCUCUUAGGUUAUGACAGCUUAUCUUAAAUUAGAAUAACGCUUUGCCUAACUGUAGUCA